CACUGGCAACAAUUCUUCCCAUUACAGCUGUCCCGUCGUCCACCACGACAAAUUACCAACCCAUCACCGCAACUUCCACAGCAAGCCUAACAGGUGGAAACAACAAGAUAUCUUCAGCAUCAAAGACAUCCAAGCGCACAGAUAGACCUCCCGAACUACCAUCAUCAUGGCCUCCAAUGAAGUUGAUCCCCACGGCGGCGUCCCUGCUGCUUCCGAUCGUCCGGCCUUCAUCCCCCUCGAAGCCAACCCCGAACUCAUGACCAGCCUCCUCCAUAAGCUCGGUCUCUCGACCUCCCUCCAGGUUCACGACGUCUACUCUCUCACCGACCCAGACAUGCUCGCCUUCAUCCCGCGCCCUGCCUUGGCCCUGCUGAUGGUCUUCCCCGUCUCGGCCGCCUACGAAUCGGCUCGCCUCGCUGAGGACUCUCUCCUCGAAGACUACUCAGGCAAGGGUCCCCUAGAGCCUGUUCUCUGGUUUCGCCAGACAAUCCGCAACGCCUGCGGUCUGAUGGGUCUGCUUCAUGCGGCCAUCAACGGGCCGGCCCGCCAGCUUGUGGAAGAGGGCUCGACUUUGGACAAAAUCAUCAAGGAUGCGACACCGCUGGAUCCCGUUGCGAGGGCAAGAGUGCUGGAAACGAACUCUGAGCUGGCUAAUGCCCACAAGAGCGCGGCGACCCAGGGCGAUACCGAAGCACCGGCCGCUACAGACGAGGUCGAUCUGCACUAUGUCUGCUUCGUCAAGACCGAGGAUGGAGGCUUGUGGGAGCUAGACGGACGCAGAAAGGGACCGCUGAAGAGGGGUGAACUUGGCAAGGACGAUGAUGUCCUGAGCCAAGCGGCGUUGACGCUUGGACCGCUCAAGUUCCUAGAGAGAGGGGGCGGCGAUUUGAGGUUCAGCUGUGUGGCACUUGCCAGCAGCUUCGAUUAGAGAGUGGGUGGAAGAGAUGCGCAUCUCCUGCUCGAGUCGUUGGAAGACGCGAAAUAAGCCCUUACACCAGGAUUCCGCCUGACCUUGUGUUGUAGAACCAGCUCAAGGGAUAAAAAGUUUUGAUUAUUAGCAAGCGUAUGUACAAGUCCCACGAAUAUUCCAUGCAUGGAUUCUUGAUGACGGUGCAAAUACAUAGCAUAGAUUUACUUGAAAUAUCACAGGAAUUUUACAAUAGCUACUCGUCGGAGUCCAGACACCCGGAACCCGUCUCAAUCACAAAGUAUUGGGAAGCAUCAGUUUGGUAGGAUCUCUGGAGUGUCGGUCAAGAGAAAUCCCCAGUCCCUCGUGGCUGGGACUAUGGACGACGCUCUUGAUCGGCCUCGGAUGAAGCUGAGUUAUCCCGGCGACUACUAUACAUGUGACACUUUUGCCUACAUAAGGGGCUUCUCAGGAAGGUCCAGGCAUGCAUAGUUGACAAGGACAACGAUCAGAUUCGAGCAACAUAACACCGGUCAAGUGCAACGAAUACGUGAUACGAGAAGCAGUCCGGCUACCGGCAUACCCCUGUAACUUAUGUCAAGAACUCAGAGCGAUUCGCGAAAAUAAGAACGUCUCAACAGCCUGACGGGUUUAAUGAGCACUUGAAGACCAAGAACCAGGUCAACAAGUGGCUACUCAUCCAUAUGGGUAACGGCCGGUGCAAGUGGGCACAAACAAGGCAAAACCCUUCUGCCGACGGGAACUGGCAUGGCCAAACGGGAAGAAAUUAACACGGCCUUGGAAUGUGAGCUAUCUGGGCCACUCUGAUUGCUUCCGUGGAGGAAGAAGUCGGGUGGCUCCGCGGAUACUACGAACCCUUGAAGCUCUGGACUCUUUAGUAAGAGAUCUGAUAUUCGCGGUCACGCCUGCUCUGCGAAGCAAUCCCCAAAGAUGAAGUUAGGUCUAAUCUUUUGAUAAGUACGUGAAGCCUCUAUAUCCUCGAUCGUUCACUACUUGGGAUAUAAACAUGAUUGUUGGCCUUGGAAGCCCCCGUUGUAAUUCAA